ACCACGGGUGGCUCUCAAUGUCCAACAGAAAACAUGCAUAUGUACCACCGGUGGCGUAAGAUGUCGUGAACGUGUUAAUAUUUUUUUGGAAAAAUAGCUCUCAUUGAAUUUAUUUAAUAUUUAUAGAAUAAAUGAAAAUGAAUCUAUAUAUUUACGACAUUCUUUAAUAGAGGACGCUAGAUCUGUGAUAAAACAUCUCUCAGUGAUGUAAAUAAUGACGUCAAGAUUUUGAGUUUUUAUAAGAUCUUCAGCCAAUCAGGUAAUGUAGUGAAAAGUCAGCACUCUUACUAGUGUUUGGAAUUUGCCUCUUGAUUGGAUAUGGGCGGAGUCUUUAAAUAUUUCAUAGUAAAUAGUAAGUUAUAUUAUACAUUGUCCAGAAACUUGAAAGACAGUGGCAUCAAUGUCUAUUUAGGACGGUUGAAAUUUUUAGCAUUUGUGCUUCAAGAGAUUGAACAAUUUGGGAUAACUCUUGGAGGAAACACGGGGACUUGGUCGACCUCUGAGUAUUACUUUUUUCUGUGUGAUAAUGCUUAUUUUGGGACCUCAGCUUACCUAAAAAUAGUACCGUACUAUACUUUAGUGUACACGUGGUUCUGGUGUACCUUUCUGGCUGUUUUCUCGUAACACAACCAACAAGAAACUUGUAUAUAUAGAAUGCUUAUCGUCGUCGGUCCAGUACUUUUAUUUUAUAGACAGUAAAUCAUUUGUUCUAAUCUAAUACCUAGCGACUGUAUAAAGAAACAUGAAGACAGAUAAAAACAUGGUACCAGAAUACCCCUCAUUCGAACACUCCAAGUACACCACUCAUCGCAAUCCGAGUCAUCAUACUGAGGUAAUGGAACGACGGCGACAUUACAGUGACAGUCAUAUGUCACGUCCGUCUCGUGCCCGGAAAUGGGGGUCAAUCACAUCCGCCAGUUCUGUCAAGUCCGAGCGCAACAAGGUACGACGACAUCAUUCCCAGUAUUCGCGUACGUCGUCAAUCAGUUCACGACGAUCUUCAAUUCGUCGUGAAGCAGUCCUUGCUGAUCGUAGGGGUACAGCCAAUAUUCGAAGGAUGUCAACCCAAACCAUCGCCUCCAGAGGCAACUGGGGUAGUAAGUGGGAGUUUCUUCUAUCCUGUAUAGGUCUCUCGGUAGGCAUCGGAAAUGUCUGGAGAUUUCCUUACUUGGCCUACGAAAACGGAGGAGGUGCCUUUCUUAUUCCAUAUUUACUGAUGUUGGUAUUUGCUGGAAAACCCAUGUAUUUCAUGGAACUCGCCUUCGGUCAGUUUGCUGGUGUAGGGCCAUUAGCUAUUUGGUCUUGCGUCCCAAUUGCUAAAGGUGUAGGUUUUGCAAUGGUGACUGUAUCACUAAUCAUCGUAAUUUAUUACAACGUCAUCAUGUCAUAUACGAUCUUCUACAUGGCGUCCACGUUUCAAUACGAAGUUCCCUGGAGCCGAUGCGAUCCAUUGUGGGCAAACAAUACAAAUUGUCACGUCCGCUCUGAGAACGUGACUCUGAUGUUGAAUAAUUCGAAAACGUCAAGUCAAGUUUACUGGGAACACUAUGUGCUUCAAUUAACGGAAGGGAUUGAAAAUCCAGGUGGAAUCAAAUGGGAUCUGUCGCUGUGUCUUCUGUUCAGUUGGAUUAUUAUAGUGUUCUGCUUAUUGAAAGGCAUCAAAACUUCAGGGAAGGUUGUUUAUUUUGCUGCCACCUUUCCCUACAUAAUCUUGCUGAUUCUGCUUAUCACUGGGUUGUUACAAGAAGGAGCGUUAGAUGGCGUGCUUUACUUUAUUACUCCGACAUGGCAGAAAUUACUUGAUAUUAAGGUGUGGCAGGCAGCAGCAAGCCAAAUGUUUUUUUCUCUAAGUGUGUCCAUGGGAGCCUUGAUUAUGUACAGCAGUUACAACGACUUCAGAAAUAAUAUAUUCAGGGAUGCCAUGGUUGUUAGUGUAAUGGAUACAGUUACUAGCCUGAUAUCUGGUACCGUUAUUUUCUCCGUCCUGGGAGCCAUGGCUCAUGAUUUGGGAAACGGAACACGGGUAGAAGAUGUUGUGGCCAGUGGCCCAGGACUGGCAUUUGUGGCGUAUCCAGAGGCUUUAACACGUCUUCCCGUACCACAGCUCUGGUCUGUCCUAUUUUUCCUCAUGCUGUACAUUCUAGGACUAGACAGUGAGUUUGCGCUGUUAGAAAAUGUCUUAACCAGCAUCUCGGACGAAAUACCUAUCCUUAGAAACCAUAAGAUAAAGUUCUGUAUAAUAACUGGUAUAAUUUGUUUCUUCUUGGGUCUUCCCUGCGUAACCAAGGGUGGGCAAUAUAUCCUAGAGAUAAUGGACAAGUAUGGGGGUGGAACGGCUGUCAUUCUUAUAGCCAUUGUAGAAUCCAUUGCUAUAAAUUGGAUAUAUGGCUUAGACCGGUUUUGUGAUGACAUCUACUUCAUGCUAGGUCAAAAACCCGGAAUUUACUGGCGGAUCACAUGGCGAUAUACAUCACCAGCGAUUUUGACUUUUAUCUUUAUUUAUUCUUUGAUCGAGCACGAGCCUUUAAAAUAUGGAGACUACAACUAUCCCUACUGGGCUGAGGGUAUCGGUUGGUUAUUAGCGUUACUGUCGAUGGCACAAAUACCCAUCUGGGCUGUCGUUAUGAUACUGAGACAGAAAGGACCCGGACUGAAAAAUAAGAUCAAGCAAUCCAUGACUCCGACAGAGGACUGGGGGCCGGCUGAAGAAAUUAGUAAAGACGACUGGAAAAACGGCAUGAACCGCAUGAAAACAAUCGAAAAAGGAGCAUCGCCUGAAAAACUUGAUCAAAAUGCUGCUUCGGACAAUACCGAUGUCACGCAGUAUAUUUAAAAUUUUCUCUAUUAUAAAUAAUAAGUUUGGCUCUGUGGACGCUGUAGCUAACUUAUAGUGGAAUAUCCGUUUCUCGAGCAUCAACAUUCGUUAUAAGCAAAAGAAUGUUGAAACUCGUAUCGGACCACUAUAUUUUAGAAUGUUGAAACCCGUAUUGGUUCACUACAUUUUAUGGAAAUUAUUUUUUAAUGUUUACCAAGAUAGUGGAACUAAAAAAAAUUCAAAUUAUUUAGGUACAAAUGUUGUUUUAGUCAGGGUUUCUAGAUCCGUAAUUUUUCUUAUUUUCAAAUUUUUGCAUUUUAGUAAAGAAGAAACGAGAGGCCCGGUCUGUUCUCGGAUUUGUCACCUCUUUUCAGUAAUCCUGCUGGUUCAAACCGAUGAACAAGACCAUGUCUCUUAUAAUGUUGAAUUGCAGUCUGUAUAAUGCUUAAAAUAUCUUAUAUUUACCAUUAGAAAUAGUAAAGUUGUCUAUAAUAAAAUUUGGUGGGAUUUUUAAGACGUUGUAUUCUUUACACAACGGCAGUUGCAUUAGCGAAAAGAGAGCAGAAGUAAAAUAUGUGGCACAUUUCACUGUUUGUACUCUAAUCCUGCCUGAAAUAAUUCGAAUUUGAGGGUAGGCUGGUAGAGAUCCUGAUGAGUAAUAAAAUCGAAUCGGGUAUACGCACAAAAAUACAGCUAAUAAAAAGGAAAACAAAGUCUUAGAUUAGUUUACUCUAAUCCUGCCUAAAAUAGUUUCAAGUGCCGCGGUUAUUGUGGAUUCUCUCUUGUUUUUGUUUCUUUCCUGCUAGUUCCAUACGGGAAAAACCAUUGAACUUUACCAACUUGAUCAAAAUAUGUCUAGCUGUAGUUUUCGAACCAUGUUUAUUGCCCGGUAGCUUUCAUAUGGUGGUUCACAAGCCAAUGGAAA